UAGAGACAUGACCCACUUUUUAAGCGAACGAAAAAGAACGUCGCGUUGAGCUUUGAAUACGUAAAAGCCAUACAGGCAAGUCGCUUCAAGUUUAAUGAACAAAAUAGUCACUUAUCAGACAAGAAUAUCAAGAUGUCUCUAUGUUUCAGACAUAUUUCCGGGUUGCUAACGAUUAUUGGCGGAGUUUUUAUGCAUCUGUCAAUCGGAGCAACAUACACAUACGGAAAUUUCGCGCCAUACUUUGUUUCGUACUUCCGCAAUCGCACAGCGGAAACGGAACUACGCAACGUAGACUCGCUUUGGCUUAUUACCGCCACGUCGUUUGGAAGCGCCAUCGGCAUGUCACUGUCAGGACUGAUGAGCAAUAGGUUCGGGUCCCGUAUCUCUUUGAUAAUAGGCAUCGUAGUGUUCUGUGCGACAACAGCGUUGAAUUACUUCAGCGUACGUGGCAGGUUCGCCGCCAUGGUGAUCAUAUACGGUUUCAUCAGCGGGGUCGGCAACAAGAUCAUAUACCCCAUACCGGUGGCCAUUGCUAUGAAGUGUUUUCCCACGCGAACGUCGUUCGUGGCCGGAAUAAUCGUUGCCGGCUAUGGUGGCGGUGCCAGCAUCUUUAAUCAGGUCAUCACAGCCUUCAUUAACCCCGACAACUACUCUCCCGACCUGGUCACAAAAGAGGGAGAUAGAUAUUUUACACAACCGGAUCUACUGGACCGAGUACCAUACAGUUUCCUAGUCCUGGGCGGUUCGUUCUUCCUGCUCCUGGUACUCGGGCUGCUCUGUAUCCGGGAACCAGCUCCGGAGGUACUGGGUAAUACAGAAAUAGACGUACUGGAGUCCAAACAUGGUACAGAGGAAACAUCGUUGCCUAUCGUUUCCAAUGGCAAAAUAGAAAUGACUGGCAAACCGGGAGUAAUUUUGAUUGGAUCUCAAAAUCAGGUCUCCGAUUCCAUAAAAAUUAACAACUACGAUCUACACAGUUCUACAAUUUUACCCACCUCUGCCAAGGACAUGGGGGCAGUAGAGGUCCUGAAGAUCGCCUUUAGGACACGCGCGUUGUAUGUGGUUUUCUUCUCUUCGAUGAUCAUCAAUAUCGGAACUGGAUUUGUAUUUAAUCUCUACAAGGCAUAUGGACAGACGUUUAUCGCAGACGACCAGUUCCUGUCGGUUGUCGGGUCAAUGUCGUCGGUGUUCAACUGCCUUGGCCGCCCCUUCUGGGGCCUUGUCAUGGACCGUUUUGGAUACAGAGUGACCAUGUGGUGCAUUUCCGGUGGGCUCACCGUUGCCUGUGCGACCUUGACAUUGACCGAGGGGAUGCCUAAAGGCUUGUUUAUGCUGUGGGUUUGCGUCGUAUCAGGACUGAGCUGCGGUCUCUGGGCGGUAUUUCCAGCGACCAUCUCGCGUCUGUUUGGCAUCAAACACAUGGCGCUGCUAUACGGCUUCAUUGGCUGGGGAACAGCCUUCUCAAGUUUACUGUCGGCUUUAGCUGGAACCGGUCUAAGGGCGAGUUUAGGAUUUUCAGGCCUAUUUUACAUGGCUUCAGGGACAUCCGGUUUAGGUGUCCUUGUAACAAUACUGUUCAAUGGCAAGGACUACACUGGCGGACGGAUCUAGAAGCACUAUCAACGAUAAACAUCGGUAAUCUUCGAUAAACAUCGGUGAACAUCGGUAACAUCGAUUUACGAAGUACUAGAAACUGGUGACCAAUGCUGAUAACUAUAGAGAACUGCUUAAAACUGCUGAACACUGUGUGAAAGACAAUAAAGACAGAUCACCGAGGCCUUUCAGAAAAUAAUUAUUGUUUUACUUGAAUGAAGUUUGCACAUUUAUAACAAACGUUUACAAAACAUUUUAAAACAUAUGGCAACAAGGAGCGUGUGUAGAUUCGUUAAAGAAAACAUUUAUGUUGUAUUAUAUCAUAUUGGAAUAAUGACACAUUCUUAAAUUGUAUCGGAUUAUAUCUGAAACGGUAUCUGACAUUCAGUUGUACUAGUACAUACUUAUGGCUUGAUAUAUAUUUUAACCUGUAAGCGAAUGCAUGCAUUUCAAAUGUAAAUUUCUUAUUAUAUGGUAUCUGUUUCAAAAACGGUAUUUUCUAUGACAA